AUGCCCUUCGUCAAACAAGGGUAUGCCUCCGGCGGAGCAGGCUACGUCAUUUCGCGGGCUGCCCUUAAGCUCAUCGCCGAGGGCAUGAUGCAAAAUGUCAAAGGCUGUCAACCGCGUGGCGGCCCUGAAGAUGUAAAUCUUGGUGCCUGUGCUGAGCAAGUUGGCGUGAAAUUUGUCGCCAGUUUAGACAGUCACGGAAAGGAGACCUUUCAUCCAUUUUCACCGGGCCACAUGAUUGACAAGAAAACCAUCGAGAAUUCAGCGUGGAUACACUCUUACAAUAUGUAUCCAGUUGUCACGGUAAAUAACUGCUGCUUCAAAACCAUGAUCUGCACACCAAAAAAGCCUUAG